GUGCUGCUGGGUUGCGCUCGCAAGCAAUUUGCGCACGCGGCGGCCUGAGCGACGAUUCAACGUCACGCCAAAGCUGCAGAGCGUCAGAAGUUCCUCAAGGGGAAAAGAACAAGUUUGGCCCCGCUAAACAAAGAUACGCCCAUGUUGGAUUUUCUAGGGCCUGGCAGAAGCAAACUGCACAUGCAUUUUGGCUCACAGAGCAACGCAGAGCCCAAAUUAGACGGGCGCAUCAAAGAGUGCGCCCCAUGGCAGCCACUUAUGGCCAGUUGGGAAACGGCUAUGUGCCCCAGGCACCUUCUCGGCCUGCCGGUGUCGCUGCCACGGCGCCGCUGGCUGCCUCACCACAGUCGCGACUGUUCGCUAGCCCGGCGACCUCGCCUUUUGGCUCAUGGGAUCAGCUGCCGGGAGGCAUGAGUUCUCCAGAGGAGGAGCCGGAUCCUGAUUUUGACGAGAUGGUCAGCGAUCUGCGCCGCAGCUUCGUCGGUUGGCUGAAAAAGGCCGAGCUGGAGCUGAAGCAGCACCGCAGUGACAUCAGGCGCGGACGGCAAGCCUUCGAGGAAGAGAAGCUUUCUGUGUGGCAGCAGUUCAUGGCAGAAAAGCAGAGGGAGGUGGAGAAGAUCCGGGAAGACCGGCGACACGCUGAAGAGGAGAUGGCAACGCAGCUGAGGCAGGUGCAGGCCGACAUUGAAGAAGCCCGGCAGCGGAUUGGGGAGGAGCGCUUGCGUGUGGAGCAGGAAGGCUCACAGAGGCGUCGUGGGGUGGCGCAUGAGUACGAGAAGUUCAGGCAGGAGUACGGCCUCUUCGAGGCAGAGCGCCAGCGAUUGGCAAACCCUCAGCUGGCUGCAGAGAGCACGGUGGACCUCAACGUUGGAGGCACCAUCUUUGAAACGACUCGUACCACGCUGGUUCAGCAGCAAGGGAGCUUCCUGGAGAGCCUUCUCUCUGGCAGGUACCAGGUGAGCCGUGAUCGCUACGGCCGGAUCUUCCUAAAUCGUGAUCCCGAGCACUUCCGCACGAUCCUGAACUUCCUACGUAACCCCCAGACGCCUCCGAUGCCAAGGGACUUGGCCGAGUCAGAGGCUUUGGUGCAGGAGGCUUCCUACUACGGGGUCCAUUUUUUCCCGUUUCCGUUGGUCUUUGCUGUGGGCGGGCACGACGGUUACGAGCACUUGCGGGCCAUGGAGGUGCUGGAUGUGGGCAAUCAGUGCUGGCGCCCCUGCCGCGCCAUGGCCACGGAGCGCACUUACUUCGGCGCCGCCGCACUGCGGAAUCGCUUGCACGUCUAUGGAGGCCAGAACCUGGACUACAAGGCGCUGUGCGACGUCGAGAUCUACGACUGCUUGCGUGACUCCUGGGAGGCGGGCGCUUCCAUGCGCUUCCCUCGUCGGAAUUGCGCAAGUUGCGAGUUGGAGGGCCGCUUGUAUGCCGUCGGAGGCUUUGAUGGCACGCGCAUCAUUGACUCUGUGGAGGCCUACGACAGCCGACUGAAGAGUUGGAUGCAGAUGGAGCCCUUGCCAACACCACGAUCUUCUGCCAUGGCCACGACCAGUCAGGGCAAGCUUUGGGUGCUGGGCGGCACAUCGGGCACAAGGCUGCGCAGCGUGGACGUGUUCGACCCGCGCGCCAAUCGAUGGGAAACGCUGAAGGGCGAAAUGGUGGACGUGCGCUCGGCAGGGCAGGCUGCGAAUUGUGUGCACCAUGUGUUCGCCCUGGGUGGCACGGACAACGAGCAAAGGAUCCACUUCUCUGCAGAGUGCCUGGACCCAGAUGACCACAUGUUCAGCCUGCGCGCUCCGAUGCAGGAGUCUCGCAUGGAUUUUGCCGCAGCCGUCAUCUCCGACUCCAUCAUGGUGAGCGGCGGUCAGAAUGGCAGCGUCUUGUCCUCCACAGAGUUCUACCGACCCGAGCUGGACGAAUGGCAGGCUGGGCCUUCCAUGGCCAUCCCUCGGUACGGCCACCAGUGCUUGCUGUGUAGCCUUUGACUCUCGGCCGCGGUGCAUGUCAUCCAUCGCGGGUGCCGCAAAAUGUGCCCGGACACAUGACCCUUUGACCAAAAAACAUGCAUUUGACAUCCUUGCGGCCUGGGAUGCCAAAUGUCCAGAGCAAAGCUCUGCGAUUCGAUGGUGGGCUGGGACGCGCCACCAUUUGCCCUUUCGGGCGCCGAACUUGCCAAUGAACUUGCUGGUGG